AUUAACGUUUCCCUCUUUGUUUAUUACCCUCUCAGCGCGGGAGAGGAGGAGGGCAUCGAGGAUUUCGGGCACACUAUACACUUGACAUUUAUUUGGUUUCUCCUGAAGUUCGAAUAGGAUAUAUUGAUGCGAUAAAUCCAAUGCAAUGCGCUGUCAUACUCAUUUGAUUUCUAUACCGAGUUCGCUACAGUUACAGUAGGAUUUCUAAUCUGAUGUUGAGAUAGCAUUGCAUUUGAUUUCUAAGAAAAUGGCAUUUAAAGGUGUUACUGUAUAUCUGUCGAGAAGCCUUGUUGCACCUGAAAGCUUUGAUGCUCUCCAUGAUGCACUCAGAUACAAUGGAGCCGACAUUUGUUUUUGUUCUGAUCCUUCUGCUAACUCUCCAAAUCAAUACCACAUCAUCUCUUCCUCAGACCAUGAGAAGCAUGCAAAUUUAAGUGCAAAGGGCUGCAACUUAGUUGGUCCAGAAUGUGUUCUUCGUUGUGCCAAAGAGCAUAGGAGUUUCCCUAAGCAAGGAUACACAUGUUGUCUAGCCAUGGAUGGUGUUAAAGUACUUGCUUCAGGCUUUGAAAAUGAAGAAAAGGUCAAAAUAGAAAAGCUUGUGACUGCCAUGUGUGGUGAAUUAUAUUCAAAGACUUCAUUAGAUAUUGACUUUUUGGUUGCAAAAGAUGUUUUGUCUGCAAAAUACAAGUGGGCGUUGAAUGUGUUGAGAAAGCCAGUAGUGACCAUUGAAUGGUUGUAUCAGUGUUGGCGUGAACAUCGCCUUGUUCCACAUGAGCCAUAUCGAAUGCUUCCUUUUUCUGGAUUGACAAUAUGUGCAACUGGAAUCCCUCCAGAUGAAAGGAAAAAAAUUGAGGGACUUAUAAUACAAUAUGGAGGUCAAUAUUCUGCAGACUUGACAAAGAAGUGCUCUCACUUACUUUGUAAUAUAGCAGAAGGAGCAAAAUAUAAGGUUGCUAGAAGGUGGGGCCAUGUAAAAAUUCUAAACCAAAAGUGGGUUCCCCAAUCUAUUUCUGCCAAAGCAUGUCUUGAUGAAGAGUUAUAUCCAGUGAUAUCUGGAGGAGUGGCUUCAACUCUUCCUUUUGAUAGCCUUUCAAGGAAGCCUUAUCAAGAAGAGAAAGAUGUUCUAUCUCUACAUGUGCCAGCUACUGCACAAAGCUCUCUGUCCCAACCUUUAUCUUCAACUCCUUCUAAUACAACAGCAUUAGCAAAAGAAAAGUCAGAGACAGUGAAUUUAUCAGCUGAAAAUAUAUCAGAAAAUACGGGAUGCAUUGAUGGUGGUUCUCAAAAUGAAGAGAAUGACCUCUACCUGGAGAGCUGUAGGAUCAUGCUUGUAGGAUUUGAGCAUGUUGAAAUGCGGAAGCUAGUUCGGAUGGUUUGGAGUGGAGGUGGUUCUAGAUACAUGUCAUUUAAUGAGAAACUGACACAUAUAAUAGUUGGAAGACCAUCAGAGAUUGAAAUGAAGGAGAUAAGAAAACUCACAAUGUGGGGUGUUGUCAAUGCGGUCAAACCUCUAUGGCUCGAGGAUUGCACUCGAAGUAGACGAGAAGUUGAUGUUAGUGAAAAGCACAUUUUUUCUGAAAAGACUUCCUUUCAUGGCAUCGAAUCUCAUAAAAGGCCAAAAUCGGUUGUUUCUAAUUUGAGUUCUCAAGAGCAGAAUUGUAUAGCUUCCUUGGACAACUCAAAAUCUGGAUCUGUUUUUAUCGAGAAGAUAAUUCCACUUGAAAAUCAAUCAUGGGAAGCCUGCAAUAAUGAGUCUCUAAAUACAAAGGCUUCUUUGGAAUCAAAUUUGAAUUCUGAAGAUGCCUCUGGGCAGAAAUCUGUUUUACAAGAGAAGAUGAAUGAGAUGAAUUAUCCAAACCAAUCGGAAUUUGGUUGCGCCUCAGUUCAACAUACAAAUAGUUCUGUAUCAAAAACAUCUAAUGUCUUUAAAGGAUGCAGAUUUGGCUUUUCAAAGAGUUUUCCAGAGAACUUGAAAAAUGAGAUUGUUGCGUGGGUCCAUCAAGGAGGAGGAUUCCUUGUGGAUGAUGCCAUGAAUAAGAAAGUUGAUUAUAUUAUUGAGCGCCAUGGAUCAAGGGUUGAUACUGUCAGCUACAGUCCUCAUGCUACAUUUGUUUCAAGUCAUUGGAUAAGAUAUUGCUUGGAGGAAGGGUCUAUGCUGGACGUUGGAAGUCACAUAUUAUAUAAGCCCGUGACAUGCCAAAUUCCCUUGGCUGGAUUUGAAAGUAUGCGCUUUUCUGUUUCACAGUAUGAAGAGAAAGAUAGGAUAUUACUCCGAAAUUUGUGCUAUAUUCUGGGAGCCAAAUUUACUGGGAAGCUAAAUAAGAAAGUAACUCAUUUACUAUGCCUAUAUGCUGGUGGACCAAAAUAUGAAGCUGCAUGCACUUGGGGUAUUGAGGCCAUUACUGCAGAUUGGAUAUAUGAAUGUGUUAAGCAAAAUAAAGUACUCUCCCUUCAUGCUUUUCGUCCUAGAGAGAUGCCAGGAGAAGAUGGAAAUGUCCGUUCUUUUGACAUGACUCAGUAUCCAGCCCAGGUUGCUCACUUAGCAUCUGGGGAGCUUCCAUCCCAAUGGCAAAAUGACAGCCAGCCUGGGUCACAAAGCCAAACAGUUCAGGUUGGAGGAGAGAAGCGAGAAAGGUCACCAUCAACAAAGAAAACAUUGUUUGGCAAGAAAACUAGAAAACAACACCAUCCUAGCAAUGGCCUAUUGAAAAAGGUUUCUGCAAAAAUUGAUUUUGGAUGCAAUUCUGAUCCUUGGGAUGAGCAAUCUGUUCGGUGGUCACAAGGGAUGGAGAAGGGUUGCAAGGAAUUUGCAGAAUUUUCUAAUGUUCCAUGUGAACGAGCAACAAAACCUCAAGAGAAAGCUACUCAAGACCUUGCCAAAGAUCCAUUGAUUGAUAACACUGUUGAAGAAUUAGCAAGGGACAAUGAUAAUCGAUUGUACAGUGUUAAGCAAUCUGUUGAAGCAUGUUCAAAAAAUGGUCUAAGCAAUACUAUAACAAUGAAUGAACAUGUUCACCAGAUUGGCAGGAUCGAAGAUUCUGAAGCCACUCUUGAUGUAGCGUCUGCAAUCGAAGAUUUAAUUGCUCAGUCUGAGCUAUUGCAUAAUGACUCACGAACUGAGACAGUGGACAAUCGGAAUAAAAUCUCACAAGAGUAUCCUUUAGUUUCUCGAUUUCGAGAAGAUCCUUCAUGCACAACCUUUAGACUUCCUAAGGAGUUUUCAGCAAGGCACGAAAAUGAAGAAGAGAACCGAAACAUCUCAAAUGAUGUUGCUCACAAAGCUCAUGAAGAUUUUAGUGAAUCACAAAUGGAGUCCCAGGUGAUUCGAUACGAAGUAGAAAAUACAGCAAAGAAGAUGUUAAUGGAAAAAAUUCAAACUCGGAGCAUGACUUCUGUAAGGAAUGAGGGAAGAGGACAGCAGAUUAACAACGAUCUUGCCCGCCUACUAAAUGUAGUAGACAAUGGAGGCAAGCAAAAAUCUAAAAGAAAAAGUUGAACUGUAUAUUGAGUGUAUGCAACACACACUCCAGUGUAUAGUAUCAUUCUUUUCAACCAAAGUUUAAUACUAGUACGUAAUUGUUCUAAUUUUUAAGUAUAAUAUUUGCAGAAUUGAUAUAUGAAUGUGAAGAGUCCAACAGUCUAUCCGUAGACUUGAUUAGCUGUUCAACUUGUGUACAACAUUAACUAACUCUGGCACACUAAUUCAAAUUGUACUGACAUGUAGAGAUGUAUUGAAUGUCAUCAACUUUAGCUGUGAAAAUUCAAAUAGCAUCAAAUUUGGCUUUGUUCUUUUGGA